GCGACAUAUUCUGCCAUGUAUGGCCAUGGUCAAGAUCUCUGAACACUGAUGCUGUGACGACGUUCAGCUCCUUUAAUGCACACCGACGGAAGAUUUCAGAUGAAUGAGCAGCAAUUCUGCAGGCAUGGAUUCCAACCACACCGACGUGCCCAGCAAAAACAAUGGAGACGCCGUUCUUCUCUCCCUCACGCUUUCAUUCCUGGCCAUACUGACAACAGCCAUGAACUGCCUGGUCAUCACAGCCAUCAUCGUCACACGCAAACUCCACCAUCCCUCAAACUACCUCAUCUGCUCGCUAGCCGUUACCGACCUCUUGGUUGCCAUUUUAGUCAUGCCCUUCAGCAUCAUCUACAUCGCAAAAAACACAUGGCUCAUUGGUGAAGCCUUGUGCAAAUUCUGGCUAAGUGUGGAUAUAACCUGCUGCACGUGCUCCAUUUUACACUUGGCGGCCAUCGCUGUGGACCGCUACCGGGCCAUAACAGAUGCUGUGGAGUAUUCGAGAAAAAGGACAUCUCUGCGGGCCGCCAUUAUGAUUAGCGUGGUUUGGCUUCUCGCUAUAGUCAUCUCGCUUCCACCAAUUCUUUGGAGAAAGGGAGAGGAAAAUGAGUGUAUUAUUGUACAUACAAACAUCGCCUCCAUGCUUUACUCGACAUUCGGAGCUUUUUAUAUCCCGCUUAUACUCAUUCUCAUUCUCUACUACAAGAUCUACCGAGCAGCGAAGACUCUUUAUCACAGGAGGAGAACAAGUUGCCUAAAUAAGUCGGAGAUGAAUGGACAUACGCUUCCCAAAUGCAGCGUUAGAGAGCCAACGACACCGGACACACUGAGUCCGCCAGAGAAAUCGAUGUCUGAACCAUCCACCGAAGGUGACAGAGUUCGUAUUACUGCAAGAAGCCCAAAGUCUCGCAGGGAAAGGUCUCUCCGGAGACAUCGCAUCUCGAAUAUUCGUGAAAAGAAGGCCGCAACAACUCUUGGACUCAUUAUUGGAGCGUUUGUCGUCUGCUGGCUGCCGUUCUUUAUUCACGAGGUGAUUUACAAUAUCUGUACAUUAUCCUGCAAUCGUUCUGUUGCUGUUACUAACUUUCUGACUUGGUUGGGGUAUUUAAACUCCCUGAUUAACCCACUGAUUUACACCAUCUUUAAUGAGGAUUUCAAAAGGGCUUUUCAGAAGAUUAUCAAGUGCAAGAAUUAUCUCUAACUCCAGAUGAGGGAUGAUGAUGUGAAUGGAAAUUAUUACACUCAAAAAAACGAAAAAGUUUAAAGUUUAGUCUUUUCUCUUGGCAAAAUAAGUCAAUUAAAAGCAA